UUGCAAUAUAGAGGAUUAGCGUUUCAAAUUGGAGGAGACAAAUCAUUGGAUGAGCAUAUAACAUUACCAAAUAUUCUCCGAAAAUUCAACCCGAAAGUGUUUGGUUAUUCGAAUGGAAUUGGAUCUGCUAAUGUUUGGGAAAUAUCUCGGUUAAAUCAAGGAAUACCUGGUGCUGAAAGUGGAGAUCUGCCAUCACAAGCCAGAACCCUUGUCUCUUUGAUGAAACAGCAUUCUGAAGUGAAUCUUCACCAAGAUUGGAAGCUAGUAAACAUCUUCAUUGGAGCCAACGAUGUUUGUGGAUGGUGCAAUACGAAUGGAACUGGAAUGCAUUCAAAAGAAACGUUUAAACAAAAUCUAGUGAAUACAUUGAACAUCCUCAGAGAUGGCUUACCAAGAACAAUUGUUUCUUUAACUGGAAUGUUUGAUAUGACCAUGCUCCGGAAAAUUGAUAAGGGCCUCGAAUUCUGUGAUGAACUACAUGUAUUUGAAUGCAGUUGCGAAAAAAAUAAAAAUUUCCCUGAUUCGCUCAUGCGAUCUGCAUGUCAAGGCUUCAUGUCUGUCGAGCAAGAUAUUCAAGAAUCUGGAAUGUUCGAUACAACCGAUGACUUCACCUUCGUCGUUCAACCAUUUCUGAACUUGAUUCACGAGCCACCCAGAAAACCGGAUGGAACAAUAGACUUGACUUGGUUUGCUCCUGACUGCUUCCAUUUCUCUCAGCUGGGGCAUGCGAACGUAGCCAAGCACUUGUGGAAUUCUAUCAUAAUGCCUGUUGGAUUUAAGCCACCUUCAGUUAACCUAUCGGACUCAACCAUUCCUUUAUAUUGCCCAUCAAAGAUGUGCCCUUAUUUUCCAACAACUAAAAACACCAAUCAACAGUGCACUAAGGUAGAAAACCCAAUUAUCAACUGA